GGAGCAGGCCCGGUUAAGAGCCAGCGUGGUUGAGGAGGACACCGAGCAGUGGCAGAAAGAUUCCAGCUUCACAGGGCUGGAGAGGGUGGGAGGCGUGGACUUGUCUUACAUCAAAGGAGAUGACACCAGCGCCUGCGCUUCCCUGGUGGUGCUCAGCUACCCGGCUCUCGAGGUGCUGUACGAGGAUUGCCGGAUGGUGGCAGUGAGUGCCCCGUACGUGGCAGGAUUCUUGGCCUUCCGGGAGGUCCCUUUCCUGGUGGAAGCUGUUCAAGAACCCAAGCUCAAGCCUCAGGUACUUCUUGUAGAUGGGAAUGGCCUGCUCCAUCCCAGAGGGUUUGGUGUGGCCUGUCACCUCGGAGUCCUGACGGAUCUACCGUGCAUUGGAGUGGCCAAGAACCUCCUGCAGGUGGAUGGCUUGGUCAGGGAUGAGCUGCACAGAGAGCAGAUCCGUUCCCUGCAGAGGGGAGGAGAUACAUUCCCACUAACAGGCACUUCGGGGAGACUCCUGGGCAUGGUCCUGCGCAGCUGCACCAACAGCUCUAAGCCGCUGUACAUCUCGGUGGGGCACAGGGUGUGCCUGGGGACAGCCGUGCGCCUGGUCCACUCCUGCUGCCGCUACCGCAUCCCGGAGCCCAUCCGCCAGGCUGACAUUAGAUCGAGGGAAUACAUUCGGAAGCAGCUGUGUUCACCGCUGGAGGUCGUGUCUUCUGGGGCACAAAG